AUGAAGUCCAAAUGGGGUAUUCCAAGAUUUAUGCCACUCAAAACUUUCAUCAAUCCGUUGAAUGGCUACCUUGUUGAUGACACUUGUGUGUUCAGAGUGGAGGUUUUUGUUGCCAAAAGUUUAGGUCUGGGUGAAUGCUUGACACUAAAAGCGAGUCCGAACUCUGUUUGUCACGAAUGGAAGAUAUCAAACUUCUCUACUUUGGGGAAUGAGUGCUACUCUGAAGAAGUUAAAUCUGUAUCCAAGGGGUGUUGGGCGUAUCUGGGACGAAAACCUUUCGAUUUUCUUUGUUUAGCAGAUUCAGCUGAUGAGACAGUCAAAGCCACUUAUGCCAUUCGGUUAAAAGGGAAAGACGGCAAGAUGCAUCAGCGGACAGGUUCUAAUUGGUUCAAUGGUCCAAAUAAAGGACGGGGUUGGCCCUCCUUGCCGCUGAAAACCGUUCAAAAUUACUUAGUUGGCGAUGUGUGCGUCGUGGAGCCUGAAGUGAAAGUUCUUGGCACAGUAGAGCUUCUAUACCAUGGACAAGGAAAAAGCGCAGAUGCUAAGUUUGUGAACAAGAAUACUGUUCUCGACCUAAAGAGUCUUCACAGGUUCAACUUCACAGCCCAUAAUAGUACAAUCAGAUGUUUUAAACCGUUGUCAGGAAUAACUACGGAGUACACAGAUGUCUCACCUGCACAUUAUGUGUUCAAGAUUAAGUCCUUCUCUCUGUUUUCAGACAACGGCAUGGACAUAUAUGAAACUAAUGACUUUGAAUCUGGAGGCCACAAAUGGAGACUGAUUCUCUAUCCCAAUGGAGACAAGAGCAGAAAUGGAGAAGGUCAUGUGUCUAUAUAUCUGGCAGUUUCCGAGACCAGUCCUUUGAAGGUUGGCUCGGACGUGAAUGCAAUCGUUAGGUUCUUUGUGUUUGAUCAAAUUCGCGACGUAUACUUGGUAAAACAAGGGAGCUCUACGAGGUUUCGCGCAAUGAGGUCCAAGUGGGGAAUUCCAAGAUUUGUGCCUCUAGAAAAUUUCAAGGAUCAGUCGAACGGGUACCUUGUUGAUGACACGUGUGUCUUCGGUGUGGAGGUUUUUGUCAUCAAGAACUCAGGCAUCGGUGAAUGUCUAAGACUAAAAAAGGGUACAUCCUCACAUACACAUGAAUGGAAGAUUCCAAAUUUCUCAAGUUUGGUAGAAGAGUCAUGCUAUUCUAAAAUAUUCAUUGCUGGAGAUCAGGAAUGGAAGGUGCGUCUCUAUCCAAGGGGUGACUGGAGAGAAAGGAACAAAAGCCUUUCGAUAUUUCUUGUUUUGGUGGAUUCAAAGAAACUAGCUCCUCAAGUUAGCGCAAGGUACAGCUUUCGGUUGAGAGGCCAAGAUGGUGCUGUCCAUGAGGGCCCGAAAGGUUCACGAUGGUUCGGUCGUUCAAGCUCUUCAUGGGGGUGGUCUUGUUUUAUGCUGCUAGAACGCGUUCGAGAUUUCCUAGUCAAUGAUGAAUGCGUCGUCGAGGCUGAAGUCACCGUCCUAGGCACUUCUGGCAAACUGACAUGA